UACCGCGUGGAUACAAUAGAAGAAGUAUAGUGCUAUCAGUUCGGGAGUGAGUAGGAAAGGAAUUUGUGUAUCCAUUGACUUAACACAAUGUAAUAAGGAAGGAGAUUCUUCAAAGAAAACGUUUAUUUACUAUUUUUAAUCAUUUUAUAAGAAAGAUUUGGUUCUGUAUCAUGUGUUUACAAAAUGGUAGCCACUGAUGGCCUUAGACCCAGACCUCGUGACGAGUCUUCAAGAAGUUUUCGAUGUGUGUGACGAAGAAAACCGUGGAUAUCUCAGCCUGAAAAGGCUGAAGGAACUCGGACACAAAUAUUUUGGAGGUAACGAGGAGGAUAUGGUGCAGUUGAUCCAGUGCCUCGAUCCCAGGGGACAGGGUUUUGUCAGUUUUCCAGACUUCUGCAAGGGAGUUACUUCAGUCCUGCGACACCAAAAUGGCUACAAUGAACUUGCUGAUGUAGGUGAUAAUUCCUGGUACGACAAAAACACGUACUCACCAAAACCGAAUUCCGUCCAAGCGACUUUACUGCCUGCAACCAAUGACUGUGUCAUGUCACAAGAUGAGCUAACUCCAGCGUCAAACUCUGCGCUGGUUACUGAUACAAACAGCACUGUAGCACCGUCUAGCGACAUCACUGGCCGAUCUCUUGGGUUUUGAAGAUAAAAGAAGCAGUCCUACUUUCAGUUUCAGUGACGGAGAGGAACGAUAUGAAUGUUAUGGAGAAGGAGACGAUCCCGAAAAUGAUAUCAACGAAUCUGGAAUAUAUCUGGAAGUAAACGGAUCCUACAAACCGUCGUUGAGCUCUGACAGUUUUCGUAGUACAAGUAGUGCCGGCAGCACCGGAAGUGGCGGACGAACACGUUCUCAUCACAACUCAAAUUUCCAACAUAACACGUGGUUACGUUCUAGCUUGCGAAGAGCUUCAGGGUA